AGAAGAUAGGUUUGCUGAUGCCAAUCAAUAAAACGGUGGUAAAAAAGUCGACUAGAGCAAAGUUAGUGUCUUAGAUUGAAAAUACAUUAUAAAAAUAAAAAGGGACUGAUUAUUUCUUGCAGAAAUUGUGGACUUUUUCUCCAUAAUAGGUAGAACUUGGACCUACCAAGUAUUUGCAACCAGGUUCAGAAGAGUAAUCAAUGCAUUCCUUCUAACAGAUACUCCUGGGUUUGAAAAUGAACAAACAGAACACCAUGUCCAAUGAGCAGACUAUAAAUCUUGACCAGUUUGGCACAGAUAUACUUGCAGAAAUCGAGAAACUGUUCCAGAAGACCUUUUCAUACACCAAACCAGCCAACAAUGAAUGGCAGUUGCCUGAUCCCAGCCAUGUUUUCACCUCCCACCACAAAGCGUUUGGUUCUCUUGAGGCACUCAAGGAUUCUUUGAACGAGGUCAAGAACAAACUCAGUGAUAAGCAACUGGAUGAGUGGCACCAGCACACUUCCUUUACCAACAAAGCCGGGAAAGUUAUUGCCCAUGUCAAGAAAUCUGUCAGCGCUGAGUUGUGCACGCAGGCGUGGUGCAAAUUCCACGAGAUUGUUUGCAGUUUUCCUCUUCUCCCAAGUGAUGCUCUCCAGAACGGCGAACUCAACUCCGUCCACCUAUGUGAGGCCCCCGGGGCUUUUAUAGCCAGCCUCAACCAUUAUCUGAAGUCUCACCGUAUCCCUUGCGACUGGAACUGGGUGGCCAACACUUUGAAUCCGUAUCACGAAGCGAAUGAUACCCUUAUGAUGAUUAUGGAUGACCGGCUUAUUGCCAACACUUUGCCCUGGUGGUAUUUUGGUCCAGAGAACACCGGAGACGUCAUGAGCCUGAAUCACCUCACAGGGCUUCAGCAUUUCAUAAGCAACAUGGCUACUGUUCAUUUGGUCACCUCCGAUGGGAGUUUCGAUUGCCAAGGCAACCCAGGUGAGCAAGAGACACUAGUUUCCCCAUUGCAUUACUGUGAAACGGUCACUGCUCUAAUGACUUUGAGUCCUGGAGGCUCUUUUGUCCUGAAGAUGUUCACCUUGUUUGAACACAGUUCGGUGAAUCUGCUGUUUCUCCUCAACUGUUCCUUUGAGGAGGUUCACGUUUUUAAACCUGCGACGAGCAAAGCAGGGAACUCUGAGGCCUACGUGAUUUGCCUGCGCUAUUUGGGGCGGGAGGCCAUUCACUUUGUCUUAUCUAAGAUGCUGCAGAACUUUGGUUCCGAACUGGUGGCAAAAGCCCUGUUUCCCCAGCACUUGAUCCCAGAGUCGUUUCUCAAGGUCCACGAAGAAUGCUGUUUGUUCUUCCACAAGCAGCAAACGGAGACCAUUUCAGAGAACCUCCGUCUCUUUGAGCAUAUGGACGAGGCGGAGCAGGCCAGGUUAAACACUUUGCGGGACUGCUGUGUCCAAUAUUUCUUGCAGAGGUUCCAAUUGAAACCCCUGGCCCGAAGCAACUGGCUGGUGAAGAAGCCUCAUGCUGGCUACAGCAUGAAUUCCAAAUGGUUUGGGCAGAGGAACAGGUAUUUCUGCACCUACAACGAGAGGAAACUGCUGGAAUCUCUCUCCUGGGAAGAUAAGGUGGUCAAAGGAUGCCUUAACCACUGGACUGAGGAGCAUGUUCUCGGCAACGUUGGGAAGGGCUGCGUUUUAGAAGGAGUACCUGGCAACCUCGACUGUCGUUUAUGGUAUAUCUUGGAAGGCCAGCGAUUGCCAAGAGUUAAAUUUUCUCCCUUCUGUGGCGGUGAGGUCUUGAAGAGCCUUAACGAAGCCAUUGAAAAAUCUUUGGUUGGUCAAACUAUUCAUGACGAUCUUAUCCGGACAACGUUUGCAGAAUGCCGAUUCUGCUGUGUCCUUACAGCAUCAUCGGUGUUGUCUGAAUUAUCAGAACUUAUGGAAUAUUGUGAACCUACUCCAGAUCAAGAUAGCACGAGUCAAAAAAAGUGCUUGGUUUUAGGCUUCCCGCUGUUUUACGGUGAGGAAAGUAGGUUUGGCUUGGAAAUUAGAAACGUGGAGUCAGCACCUCUCUUGGCUUUUAGCUGUACUUUACUGCACGACGGAGAACCGAAAUAUCAACUGCAUUUUUUAGAAUGCCUCUUGGGUGCAUUUCCUCAGCUUCAAAAGGGAGAUGCGUUGGCUUUGCCUGUUCUUUCUUGCUUCACCCGCUUUAUGGCUGGUUUAGUCUUCAUAUUGCAGAACUGUUUUCAGAGUAUUUCUUUUGCUUGCCCCACAUCAUCUCAGCCUCUAAGGACUAAUGCCGUCUUGCUCUGUGCUGGAUAUCAAGGUCUUCCAGACUCGGUUUUCCAGUACUUGCAACAGCUAAGUGAGCUUAUGAGUACCCUGCUCGACUCCAAGUCCCCACAGCAGGUCUUGCAAUUCAUUCCUAUGGAGCAUCUGCUGAAGGGGUUGCUGAUGGAAUUCCUCUGGGACCUCAAUACGGCUAUUGCGAAAAGACAGUUGCAUCUGAUUGUCCAAAUUGAACAGCAGAAUAUGACCUGAGGAGGCUACAGUUUUUCUAGUUUGGCUAGUUAGACUUUUUUUUUUUUUAAUCUCUAGGGAACAUCUCAUGAACUGCUGAGGAAAAGGAGGAGUCUAGGCAGGAGUGGAUAAUCCGUGGACCCUGAAGGACUGUUAUAUUAUGUCUCUCAGCUGCCCCAGCCAGCCUGGUCAAUAGUAGGGAUACCAGUGGGAAUUGAUUAGGCAAUAACUGGAGCACCGUACGCGUUCCCUACUUUUCAUUUAAGUCAGGGCUGUCAAACUCCUGACCCGCGGGCCAGAUGCAUCAUGCACUGACCACGCCCAUGCCCGGUUUAGCGAAGGGAGGGGGAAGUUCCGAUACAUC